AUGUUUGGAAUCUUUGCGGACUUGCUGUCCUCGGUAAUCACGAUCUUCUUCCCCGUCUUCGCUUCCUACAAGGCUCUGCGCUCCUCUGACCCCUCACAACUCGCACCAUGGCUGAUGUACUGGGUGGUGCUUUCAGUCAUUUUGCUGGCUGAAUCCUGGACGGUAUUUAUCAUCGGAUGGUUCCCAUUCUACAGCUGGAUCCGUCUCGGUUUCAUGUGUUAUCUCGUCCUUCCCCAGACGCAAGGGGCUCGCUUAUUGUACCAAGACUACGUCGACCCUUUCUUGACACACCAUGAGCGGGAGAUCGAAGAGAUGAUCGGCCACACUCAUGAGCGGGCCAAGCCAGGUGCUGCUUCCUACGCACAAUCGCUGCUAUCGCGGUUCAACAUCCCCAUUGCCGGAGCAGGAACAGGAGCAGGAGCAGCCGGGGCAUCCGCUAACGCAAAUGAUUGGUAUUCUGUACUCAGUGCCGCCGUAGGCUCGGUUACAUCUGGGAAGUCUCGGGAAGCGCGGGACGAGGAGCUUUCAGCCAGUGGCAAUCUUCUCCAGCGCCAAAUGCAGUCGAUGUCUGGAGCUGAGAAAGCUCACUUUAUUUCCUCGCAGCGAGAGCUGCUAGAUCACCUCCGAUCAACCCUAGCACAGGAGGAACGGAGUAACCCUCGGGGUGGGCUUGAGGCUGAUGACCUUGCCUACGGCGUACCGUUGCGCAAGAAUCGCAGCGAGAAUUCCUUCGAGGUGGUUGAUGAUGAGGAUCUAGGACGUCGCCCAGAACGAAAGACUAGUGGUGGAUGGACAUCUGGUUGGUUCGGCAAUGAGCAAGAUUCCUCGAGUUCAUCUGGUGCUGACUUCGCGGCACGGGCUGUCGAUGAGAUUGCCCGGUCGCGCACAACUGGAAACGACCGAUCUUGA